AUGGCGAUCUCGUCGAGAAACGACCGGCCGAGCGGCCCGGUCCUCCGAUCGCUCUCCUACGGCCGGUUCGACUCGCUCACCGCUAGAGCCUCGACGGCCAUCGAGUCGUCGGCGUCGUCGCUCUCGGCGAUGGCCGCCGAUUUCGCGAUGAGCUCCGGCCUCUACUCCCGAUCCUCCACCUUCUUCGGCCAGCGGCCGUCCUCCCCCACGCGCGUCAACCUGUCGUCCUCGCCGCCGCAGCAGCUCUCCUCCUCCUCCUCCUCCUCCUCCGUCCGCUUCUCCAUCGACCGUCCGGCGUCGCCCAAGCAAUCGUUCGCCGCCUCGCCCCGCCAGCCGGUGAUCCACCGCCGGGGGAACUCGAACAAGCAGAGUUGCAUGUGCUCGCCGACGACGCACCCCGGCUCGUUCCGCUGCAGCCUGCACAAGCACUCGGGGAGCGGCGGCGGCGGCGGCGGCGGAGGGAACGGUCACUCGGACUCGUUCGUGCCAAACCGGUUGAUCAUGCUGAGAUCGGCGAUGAGGAACAGGAUCGUCAGCAUCGGAGGCGUGGAGGGAGACCUGAUGAUUAGAGCUCUGACGGCUCUGAUUCGUCCAUCCUCGCACCAGCAGAAGCGGCGAGCCGCAUUCCAGUCGAGGUCGAGCCGGCUCUCGGCGAUGUCCAAGGCAGGGGAUCUCUGA